AUGGCUCCUACCAAAAAAUCAAAGGCCGCAAAGUCGACAGAAUCGAUUGCAGCUCGUCUUGCACUCGUUGUCAAGUCUGGCAAAUACACCCUGGGCUACAAGUCUGCACUCAAGCAGAUGCGCAAUGGAAAGGCUAAACUCGUCUUGAUCGCCGGAAACUGCCCACCACUCCGCAAGUCUGAACUCGAAUACUAUGCAAUGCUCUCAAAGACUUCGGUUCAUCACUUUGCCGGAACAAACGUCGCAUUGGGAACCGCUGCCGGAAAGUUGUUCCGCGUAGGUAUCAUGACCAUUUCCGACCAAGGAGACAGCGACCUCUUGACAAUUGCCGAGGGUACUUCGUAG